CCCAUGAUAAAGUCAAAAAAGAAGACAAUGAUUACAACAACUAGCCACAAACUCAAUAUACUCGUUUUAAAUAUUUCUCACCAAAUGUAUUCUUCAAAUGAAAUUACAAGUAAACAAACAAAUCAAACUACAUCCCAAAAAAACAAAAACCAAUCUCAAAUUCCUAAUCAAAACUUGUGAAAUUAGCGCCAAACGCAAAUUAAGCGGUAUCACCGCUUCCUACAAAGCAGCAAAUUAUCAUCAGUGUAAAUAAAUACACCAUUAAAAAUGACGACUACAUUUCAGUUUCAAUCAGAUAUGCGUUUCUCUCUCCAAUUCUCCUCAUUCUUCCGCCGCCUUUCGCCGCCGUUUACCGCCGAUUAUCGCCGCCGGUUAUCACCGGCUACUGCCGGUAAUCAUCACCGUGUUUCGCUGCGGUUGAGUGUUAAAGCUUUCUCAAAUGACGCCGUUGAGAAGGUUGUUGAUAAACCCUCGAUUUGUACUGCUGAUGAGCUUCAUUAUGUUCAUGUUGCUAAUUCUGAUUGGCGUCUUGCUCUUUGGCGUUAUCAUCCUAAUCCUCAGGCUACGGCUAGGAAUCAUCCUCUUUUAUUAUUAUCUGGUGUUGGGACCAAUGCUAUUGGCUAUGAUCUAUCUCCCGACUCUUCAUUUGCUCGCUACAUGUCUGGACAAGGAUUUGAUACAUGGAUUCUGGAAGUUAGAGGGGCUGGAUUGAGCAUGCCUGCUACACACUCCAAAAAUGUUGAACAAUCAGCCCAUGAAAUUUCUAGUAAGAUGGAGUCAGCAGCUGAAAAGGCAAAAGAAGCUGCGACUCAAACGAGGCAGUCUGCGGCUGUUGAGGAUGGGGCACUAGCUGAUGCAGACGUCCCUAUUAAUAAUGGAGCUCCAUUGACAGUUGCGACAAUGUGGGAUGAAUCAGAACUUGUUACAAAAUUAACAGAAACAUUCAUGCGUUUGUCUCAGAGGCUCUCUGGCUUUCUUAGUGAAGGUCAAUCAAAAGUUAUGUCUGCAAGACUAUUUGAUCAACUUCAGAAACUCUUGGAAGAUUCUUAUUUACUUGACCGCUUCAAUGACAUAAAGGAAAAGCUUUCGAGCUUGUUAGAAACUAGUGACAACUCUUCUGUAGCUAAUCAAGUAUCAGAUCUAAGCCAAAGGCUAGUGAAUAUCUUUGAAGAAAGUCAACGCUCGGUCUCGCCUCCACUCUUUGAUUUGCAGACCCGUUUCUUCACAACCAUAGAGGAAUUUCAGAAACAGCUUGAUGUGAUGGUGAAGUAUGAUUGGGAUUUUGAUCAUUAUUUGGAGGAGGAUAUUCCUGCUGUGAUGGAUUAUAUAAUAUCUCAAAGCAAACCCAAGGAUGAUAAAUUGUUUGCCAUUGGACACUCAAUGGGUGGUAUACUGUUGUAUGGGAUGCUGUCCAAAUAUGGAUAUGAAGGUAGAGAUCCUAGAUUAGCAGCUGUUGUAACAUUGGCGUCUUCACUUGACUACACAACUUCCAAAUCAACACUUAAGAUGCUCCUACCCCUUGCAAAUCCUGCACAAGUCCUUAAUGUCCCUGUUGUUCCACUAGGAGCCAUGCUAUCAGCUGCUUACCCUUUUACAUCAAGUCCUCCAUAUGUCUUGUCUUGGCUAAAUAAUUUAAUAUCAGCGGAGGACAUGAUGGAUCCAGAGUUGCUAAAGAAGCUUGUUUUGAACAAUUUCUGUACUAUAUCAGCUAAACUUUUACUACAACUAACAACAGCUCUUCGAGAGGGUGGACUGCGUGACCGUAGUGGCACCUUCUUCUACAAGGAGCAUUUGCCCAAAAUUACUACCCCAGUAUUGGCUUUCGCGGGAGAUCAUGAUCUCAUUUGCCCACCUGAAGCAGUUUAUGAAACUGUGAAGUUUAUCCCUGAAAACAUGGUUACUUAUGAAGUUGUUGGACAACCUGGAGGUCCACAUUAUGCACACUAUGAUUUGGUUGGAGGAAGACUGGCUGUAGAAGAAAUAUAUCCUCGUAUAGUUGAGUUUCUGAGCUGUAAUGACUAGAGAUUUGGAUUAAAAGGACAGGACCCUCUCUCAAAAUGAUUUUAUUUCUUUUUGUGGCUAAAAAGAGCAAAGCAGUUGCAUCUCAUUUCACCAAAUCAAGCUAUUUUCACACCGGUGCUCAGUUAAUUUAUUAUUUUGAAAAUGGAACGCAGAGUAAAGUUGCCCAAGGCAAGCAGCCAAGCAUCUCUCCUUUUUACUGAGGAUGUCAAGAGUUGCUAUCAGGCUGGGUUUGGUCUGAUAUCCAAGCUUUCGGUUCCCAUACUUUUUGGCCAGAAUUGUACAUGUGUAUAAGGUUUUCAGAGUCUUGACUCUUAAGUUUAUAGUUCGUAUAUAGAAUCGAAGAUGCUGGUAAAAUGUGUUUUGCUGCAGGUUUGUAUUAUUUUCUUUACAAGUUGUAUAGACUUUGUUGUAAAAUGUCCCUGUCGUUUUCAUUACGUCAAGUGAUGGAUUUUGGGUGUCAUUCUUUUUCAGUAUCAAACCAAAAAUUAACGAAAGCAAAGAGCCAAAACUGAAAAGGAAAUCUUAGAUCUAUAUAUUUUGGAGUUAAUGUU